CCUCCAUCUCCACCUUAAGCGAAAGACUAGAGAGGACAUUGACCCGCGUCUUCGCUCUCACCCGCGGCUCGCCGUUCUCCCCCCAACCCCCCCGGCCAGGACGCCACCGGAGGCUCCGCGAGGCGCGCCGCGCUCGUCGGCUCUCGUCUGCCGAACGACGCUCGGCGGCGGGUCGGUCCGGUCGUUGGCACCCCCACCCACCUUACCCAAGAGAGAAGAGUGUCGCCCCUGGAAGCUGGAUGAAUUAUCGGAGAGUUGGGAAUAAGUGCGAGAAGAAAGCUGAGCCUUCGGAUCCGCCUCGUCGCUCCGUCGCGAGAAGACAAGACUCGGCCACAGUUGUGGACGACCAUGGAGGGGACGUCCCUGUGUGUGCCCAUUGUCAUUUUACUCAUGCAAUGUUCCCCCUCCCUUCCUGUCACCGUAUCGAGCAACAAACAAAAGGUGGAGGUGCACGAGUUCUCAGAUGCAGUGCUGUCCUGCAUGUUCCGCACUGAGAGGGACCAGAAUCCACGAAUCGAGUGGAAGAAGAAGGGCAAAGAUGUUUCUUUUGUAUACUUUGACGGACACUUCCGAGGCCCAUUUGAGGGGCGGGCGAGCAUCGAGGGGGCCACGGUGACAUUGCGCCGGGUGACCCAGGAGGAUGCCGGCGAGUACCGCUGUGAGAUCAGUGCUCCUUUUGAUUCUGUGAAUUUGGGAGAGACCAACAUCACACUCCGAGUCCUCGUGCCUCCCAACACACCAGCCUGCGAAAUCCCCAGUUCGGCUGUGACGGGCUCUGCUGUGCAGCUGCGCUGUAGAGACCAGCAGAGCAUCCCACCUGCUACGUACGCCUGGUACAAGGACAAUCAGCUGAUGAUCCCCCCACGCCACGCCAAUGCCACCUAUCUUAUCAACACACACACUGGAGUGCUGGAGUUCAAAGCUGUGGCUAAAGAAGACACCGGCCGCUACAACUGCCGGGCUUCCAAUGGGGUGGGAAAGCCCAUGAUGUGUGAGGGCAGGCGCAUGACCAUAGAGGAUGUCAACAUCACCACAGUGGUGGUGGCAGCGGUUGUGGUCUGUCUGGUGGUGCUGGUCUGCGGCUGCGGCGGGUUCCUGAUGCACCGCAACGGCUUCUUCACCCCAGGACACAGAGGAAGGUCAUUUUGGAUCUCCGAGUGUCACGGUGCCUCUCACAUCAGCAGCCAAAACCUGAACAGAACUGAGGACACGUCCAAUGUCAACUAUAUCCCUCCACCUCAAGAACCGCAGGAUUUCAAACACACGCAGUCAUUCAUGCUCUGAGAAGCUGGUCUUCCUCUUGACAAGACAUCAGUUACGCUGUUGAUAAGGUGCCAAUACUGGAUUCUGGAUUCAUUCUCAGCCUUGCAGACUCCGAAUGAGCUUUUGAUCCUCCAAUUAUGUCAUUUUUUGGGGUGGGAAUUCACUCUUGUAUUUAGUGGGGCGCUGACGGCCCAAUUUGCAAAGCUUGAUACUCUUGCUUUGUUGUGUGCAUCGCCUGUUCAAUUCUGCCUAAUUUGUGGAUUUCCAGUCCGUCUCCUGUACUUUGAUGUCGCUCUGCUACCCCCUGGUGGCCUACAUUGGAUAUGGAUCCCACCCCUAAAAAAAAAAUUGGUUUCUCCCUAAAACAGGCUAAUUGUUUUUACUGUUGUCGUUUACCAAAGACGGGCUUCCUUAAGAACGAUGUUGCAUUAAAACAAUCCUCUUAAGAUGAUGCUCCACUGCAUUGUCGAUCUUUUGAAACAACAACAAAAAUACUGCUUACCUCAGUAUUGUGUAAAACACAAAACCCAGCCCAGGAAAAUAAGUCACUCUAGUCAUUUAUAAAGACCAAUACCAUUCCAUCCUAAUGUGCCUGCAUGGUCUUUUUUUAAUGAUAUAUAUACAAUAUAUACCGUGUGCCUUUUUAUUUGUCAAACUUAUCAAUGGAUGUUGGUUUUCUUUUCUUUUUUUGUAAGACUUGCCUUACUUUUCUGUCCAUAUAUUUUUGUGCCAGUUAAUCAAAAGGUGUGUGUUUUUAGACAGUGUGAAUGAAUUGUUUUAUUUGAAUGUUGUAUCACUAAUUAAAAAAAGUUUUCUAUUUAAAACAUGCUUUUGGAUUUACA